AUGACGGAGUUUCUCAUUGGAUUUCGACAUAAUUCUUACAAAUCUAUGGAUAAAGAAUCUGAUGUUAUUAAAGGAGAAGCCUUACAUGAGCUUGCUUCGGAAUAUAUAAACUAUCUAAAAUCCUUGUACGAAAACGCAGCGAACGAUAUAAACGACGUACUUGAUAUUGGAAUAGAACGUUGGAUAAAUCAUCUGACAGACUUGAGUUUUGCAGGAUUUGAAGAGGCUGUUGCAAAGCCACGAACAAAAGAAAUUGAGGAAAUUGAAGAAUUUGUUAAGCACGAUUAUAAGGGAUUAGAUAAGGAAUUUAAGCAAUCCAAAGCGAUUGGGGAUGAAAUAUCAAAGAAAAUAAACAAUGACGAAUUCAAUAGGGCUUUUUCUCAAUUGUGGAAUUCGGUUCCCAAUAAAUUACCAAUAGUUCAGUUCCCUAAUGAUAAACGCAGGAUGAUGGAAGGAGUAAUUGCUGACUUGAAAGAAUUUUACUCUCAAGGUGAGAUAUGUUAUUUAUCUUGA